AUGGCGAAAGCUUGCGUCAAGUGCAAACAGCGUAAAAAGAAAUGCUCAGGAGGUGUACCUUGCGACUAUUGCCUGAAGAUCGACGAACCACAGGGCUGUGAAUACAAGACGAGGGUAAAAUCCAAAGUGGCGAAGGUUACCGAGAGAUAUAUUUUGUCACUUAAAAAUCGAAUACAGCAGCUGGAGGCGCAGCUUGCCAAAACUGCGUCUGAAGUACCGGAAAAUACGGAGCAACCUUUAACAACAUCCGACAUUAACCCAUUGAUGGAAUCAGAGAACGGUUUGGAAUAUGGUUUCCAGGCUCCACCUUCAAAAUUAAGUACAAGGGAUCGCUAUCUUGGACUUUCGUCAUGUGCUCAGUUUCUAAAGAAAGUGAAGCAAUCCUUACCAAACUCAAUUGACGCAAAUGUUGUAGCUUCCAAAGAUUGUACGUUGGCGGCAUUGAAAGUGCAUACAGAGCCUCAAAUCGAUCCGUUUCGCAUUGAAAAAAUAUUGAAUGAAAUCAUCCCCGACUUUAAGGAAGCCAGAAAACUAAUUCAGAAUGCUUCUGAAAUGAUAGGUGCAGAUUACAUGUUCAUCGAAAAAGAUUAUGCAGAUAUUACAGUCAAAAAAAUGCUAGAUCGUGACCAAAUACCGAAGAAACCGGAGGACCUCCUACAAUUCACAAUUGAGCUUCUACGACUUAUGACCUGUUUGGCUCUGGGCUCGCUUUUCGAUAGAAGUAACGAGAGCUCGAGAUAUAUGGGUGUUACAUUUCACCGAGCGUCAUUAUCUUUGUAUGGAAGCUUAGCAUACGCUUUCGAUCAAGCUUCAAGCGCUGCCUUGGUACAAUCGCUGCUAAAUAUGGCGUACUUUGCCUUGUCGCAAAACAAGACAACAUUCGCCUUUGCUACUGUAGGAACUGCAAUUCGAACUAUGUUUACAUUGGGGUACCAUAAGAAAACCCAAUCGAUGAUAGAAAAUCGCACUUUUUGGUUGUGCUUCAUUUACGAUCGCUUGCUUGCCGUGAGAUUUGGGUUUCCGUUAAUGAUAGGCGAGCGGGACAUCAACGCCCCUAUUUUCAACGAAGCAGAUGAGAGUCAAACAACUGUUUCUCUAGAUGUGUAUCAUUUUGUUGCGCAGGUGAAACUCGCAAUGAUUACUACUCAAAUCAUAUCUAAGAUCUACAUGCAGAACCCAUUUUCUUUUUUGCACAAUUGUCAUGCGGUCUUGAAACAAUUGAAGCAUUGGUUUGAUUCACUCCCAAACGAACUCAAAUUUGAUUACGAUGAUAUCAAAACUGGAAUGAUUAGAUCAACUUUCAAUCUGCAUAUCAAUUACAACUACUCGAUCAUAAUAACAACCAGACCAGUUUUGCUUUAUGUGGUGAACAUGAUUUUCAGCAACACCGGAGACGAAGAAAAGACUCUCGAGCAAGGCCAAUGCGAUCUGAUAUCAGGCCUGCUUGAGUCAUGUAUCCAGGCAGCCGAAAUUCAGAGUCGCAUUUUGGCCAAACUUUACUAUGACGGUAAGAUGGCCGUUUGCUCAUUUCUGGAUUGCCAUUAUAUUUUUGGCGCAACAAUAAUACUCAUUUUAGCUGGAUAUUGUCAAAUGCACAUGGAACAAAGUGUACUGUAUUCUGGAGAUAUCGAGCUCUUAUUUGACGCAAUAAAUCACAACUUAAAGAUAUUACAAAGACUUUCGGAGUAUAACGUGGUUGCUCGUAAUUUCAAUGAGCAAUUAACCGAGUUUAUUGAGACGAUGAGCUCUAAAGAGGUAGUAGGACCUUUGGAAAAAGAGGAUGGCCAGCGACAGAAUUCACCACUCUCGUUCUCUCAAAAUUUCAAGCGCCAAAAUUCUACCCUAAAUGACUUGGAGGAAGAUGAAAAGCGGAUUUUUGAUUUGGAUGACCUAGCAUUUGUGGAUCUUUCGCAUUUACUCAACUAUAUAGACGAUCAGUUUCCUUCGACGUCUAUGGUUGACCAAUUCCUUGAACGUGAUUUCUUGAGUAAUAAUUGUAGAGAACCUUAA